AUACGUUCUAUUAAUAGCAAUCGGGAUAACUCCAUUGAAUGUAAAUAUAUCUAAACACGUUUGUUGAGGGUAGGGCAAACCCACUGAACAAGUUGCUGAAUGGUCCAGCACCGAUAACCGAGAAAGAAGGAAAAAAUAAACUAGUGGGAAAAACUCUAGGAAAUCGGGAAUAACGACCCUCACCAUGCGUUGGUGUGUCUGUCUGUGUCUCCUCACUGUGAUCACUCUCUCCAGCUCACAGACCCUGGAGAGAGAGACUUGUGAUGCCAGAAGGUCCGAGGUGGACGUCAAUGUUCCUUCAGCGGAUGCCCUCAUUGGGGGUAUCUUUAUGAUAAGAGAGCCCCUGUUUGGAGGCUACACGUGUGGGGGACCACACAGAGAACUGAUUCAAGUGUACGAAGCAGCAAAAUUUGCCAUUCAGCGUGUAAACGCCCAAAACAUCGUACCUGGCAUCAGGCUUGGAAUGAAGGCCUAUGAUUACUGCGGCAGUCCGUUCAUGGCCGUGCGCGCCGCCCAGAAGUUUUAUCCACAGUUCUCCAAUACACAGUUGUCCUGUACUGACGGAUCGAAACUGCAUCUGGGAAUCCUGGGUCCUUUGACGAGUAACACUGGGGCUGUGGAGGACAUGAUGUCAGAUAUCCCAGCAUCCCAAAUCUCUCCCCGUACCCUGCACCCAGACCUCAGUGAUAAAUCCAUGUAUCCAUAUUUUCUGAGGACAGGACGGAAUUGGUUUUCCUUGGCCAGGGUCAUGACACAUGUCCUGAGACAGAUGAACUGGACACGAGUAACUGUUGUCUACAUUGACUCGCCGAUGGGCAGACUUGGGUACGAGAAGUUCUCACAGAAAGCUCUAUCUGAAAACAUCUGUAUAUCCAGCGUUAGACGGAUUCCAAAAAUGGCCACCCAAUCUGACUACGAAGCGAGACUCAAUGACCUUGGCAACGAUGGUGUGAGAGUAGCCGUGUUUUUGGGGACAGGGUCAGAAGCUCUCACUCUGUUAAGAUCAAAUGUCGGGAACCGCGUGCAAUGGGUAAUGGCAGACAUGAUUAGAAUGAUGUCCUCCAAUCCUCCCAGUACGUUCGCACCUAACAGCAAAGGCGUGAUUUUCGCCCUCCCCAAAGAUCGCCAGAUCCCGGAGUUUGAGAACUACUUCGCAGCUCUGUCGCAGACGAACCCUCCUGUUGACAAUCCUUGGCUUGCUGAUUGGUACAUGACGCUGUACGACUGCAAGUUACCCGGUAUUUCCUACGCUCCAUAUGCCACAAAAGUCUUCUGUUCACAAACUAUCUCCAAGAGGUCUAUCUACACGCAGUUGCCCUACGUGCAGACGACUAUUGAAAGUGUGUACGCCUAUGCGAAGGCACUAAGAACGGCCCAGCGGAAUCGCUGUGGAGAUAGCUUCAAUGGAGUUUGCGACAGCUUGAGAUCCAUGCCCACUUCAGAAUUCCACAACAUUCUAAAAAAUACGGAUUUCACCUUCUCUGCAUCUGAUGGUAUUCAGAGUCUACAGGGACAAAGAGUCAGAUUCGAUGCAAACGGUGACAUCAUUAAUCAAGAUUUUACAGUUUACAACUACAACAACAGAUUGUCGAACACAAAUUUUGUCUUUGAGGAGGUUGGAUCAUACGAAAACAAUAUGCUCACAUUAGAGAAACAAAAAAUCAGAAUGUAUGAUGCUUCCGGUUCAAAUAUUGACGUAACUUCCUCCUGUCCUGCUGAGGGAUGUCGGUACUGCAUGAUGCCUCCCAGCUCCACGGAUUUAUAUUACAAUCCUGGGGACAUCAAUAUUGGCGUGGCUCUAUCAGCUCAUAACGCUGGAAACGAGAGAUACUCCUGUGAUGGUGAUAACCCUUAUGGUAUGGCCCAGGCCUUGGCCAUCCAGUACGCUAUAGAGAAUCUAAAUGUUGACAUGCCGGGCAUUCUCAACAAUGUACGCCUUGGCACGGUUAUGCUUGAUGUUUGUGAGAACCCCGACGUAGCUUCACUUUUUUUCAACAAUUUACUCGGAAAUCGAGAAAUUGUGAGAGAUAAAUAUGGACGAAUGGUAGACCCAAAUUCCGUGAAAGCAAUCAUCGAGGGGUUAAGUAAUGCAGGAGCUAUGUCCUUUUCGAAAGGUAUCCAGAUGUACGGAUUGCCUCAAGUGGGCACGGUAGCUUCCAGCACAAUUCUGAUGGACCAUACCAAAUACCCACUCUACAGCAGAACAGUGGAGAGUAAUUAUUACCAGUCCAUUGCCAUGGCCAAUUUCUUCGUGAAGAAAGGCUGGUAUUAUAUACAGGCUGUAUACUCUUCUUCAAUGCACCAGGAUUUAGAUAUGUUAAAAACUGUAUUGGCGGAUUUUAAUAUCUGCCUGACUGCUGAGUAUGAAGUUACUGACCACGGAAACGAAGGAAUGAUCCUCAAUAAAGUUAGAUCAAACCCCCAUGCAAAAGUCGUUGUCAUGUUACUAGAGAAAAGUGACAUCAAAGAGAUGCUUGAAACCAUUAAGGCAGCCACCUGGGAUCAAGGCUUUGUAAUCGUUGGUGGGGAAUCAUGGGGGAGUGAUAACCUUAACUUGCUAGGAUUCGAGGAUGUUGCCAAUGGAAUUAUAACAUUCCAGCCACAGAUUGGUCAAACGUCAAACUUUCAAAACUGGAUCAACCAGAAACAGCCCAGAACAGCCAUGCAUAUUCCCUGGUUCAGAGAACUGUAUGAAAACGCUUUCCAGUGUUAUGUUGAUGCUGGUUCUAAGGGCGAUUUCAGUAACGAGUGCCCGAGCCCCGGACAAGGUUUGUCCAAUUCUCCGCUAUAUGAGUUUUGGUACCAAAUGACGACAUCAAUUAACGCUGUCUACGUCACUGCAAAGGCCCUUGACGAAACCCUGAAGCAUUAUUGUGGGGCUACAUAUUCUGGAGUGUGUGUUGAAUAUCGCGCUGCAAACGACUCGAACAAAAUUUUAUUGCAAAAAAUCAGGAGUGCCACAUUUAGUUUGAGCUCAUCUUACCAGUUUACUAUGUACAACGGGGAAGCUCAUACAGGCGUUGAAAUCUUGAACUACAGACGAGGACAAAAGUAUGUCUCGGUUGGGCUUUACAACUCGAUAUCAGGAGUUUUAACGAUAUCAGACAACACACUGACAUAUCCGUCCUCUAUCCAGCCAGCUACAGUUUCCUCCUUAUGUCCAGGUGUUUGUGCAGAAUGCUCCUAUUUGACAAAAUCAAAAUACACGUAUGAAGCUGGUGACGUCACAAUUGGCGGCGUUUUUGGACUGCAUAGUGCUAAUGAAAUGUAUCCUACUUUGUGUGGAAGUAUCAACGUGGACAAUGGCGUGCAACUUGGUCUAGCUAUGCAUUACGCAAUAUAUAUGAUUAACAGCAAAAUGGCCCCAGUUUCCUUGAAUGAUAUUACGGUUGGCGGACUAUCACUUGAUCAUUGCAGUAUUCCGUUAAGACCUGGAGAACUCAUUUCGCAAGUAUAUACUCAAACAGGUCCCUUGUCCGACUCAGACAGGAUGGAAUUAGACACUUCUGGAAUCUUAGGAUGGAUCACAGACAACACCGCGGCUGUAAACAGUGCUGCCACGGUGACAAAUACUCUAGACAUUCCUCUUGUUAGUCCCUUAGCAUCCAGUGCGGCUUUCCAGGACAAAGAUGAAUAUCCAAACUUCUUCAGAACAAUCCAAGGCGACGUGACGAUAUCUGCUGCUAUUGCCAAACUAGCAAAAUCUUUGUCAUACAAUUAUGUUAACGUAAUAUACUCCUCUGAUUCGUUUGGUAAAGGUGGCGUCGAAACGUUUGAAGCGGUGGCAGUGCAAGAAGAAAUCUGCAUUCUUCAGAAGCUAAUGGUGUCCCCAUCAAUGAACGCUUCACAAAUAUUACGACUAAUUUCAUUCAGCACAAGCUCUGUGACCGUUCUUUGGACAAAUGGUGCCGACACCAGGUCUAUUUUCAGUGCUAAAAACGUCAGCAGUGGAGCUUAUGGAAACCUUGUCUUUAUUUCCUCAAUGCCAUAUAUGAAUUUGGCAAAAUCAUACGGUAAAAGUUCUUCUAAGACGUUCUUUUUCAACAUCAAGACCAAAAACGAUCCUGGCUACAUCAAUUUCAUGCAAGCAAUUUCCAUUGACGAAAUCUUGAAGAAUUCGUUCCUUUACGAGUACUACACCAAACUCUUUCAAUGUAAUCUUCCAGGAAUAAACAUGUAUAAUACCCACUGCCCCCAGCCGUACGCCAGUCUAACAUCCGCCCCAGGGUUUGCACAGGAUAAUUACGUGGUACCCACAAUAAAUGCAGUGUAUUCAUUAGUGGGCGCAAUGGACGCGGUCUUAAAGGACAAAUGUGGGCAAAACUACAAAGGCAUAUGCGCGGCCUACUCGUCAACACCUAACAUUAACCAAGUGAUCAUGGACAAAAUGGAGAGCAUCUCUUUCAGAGACCCCCUUGGUAAUAACUUUGAAUAUAUUGACCGUGAAGGCAAUAUGGGUAUGGACGUGAUAUACCUCAACAACGAUGAUUUGGCAACGAUUGGAGAGUUUGCCGGGGCGUCCUUGCGUUUACAAGCUUUCAUUCCACCAGAAGUCUCUCCUCCAACCUGCCCACCUCCUUGUCAACAGUGCAUUCAGAAAAAAAUCGAGUUCACCUACAUACCAGGAGACAUCCUCAUUGGAGGUUUAUUUGACGUACACGAAAACAGCUUUGUGCCUUUUUCAUGCGGUAACCUGAAUAUACAAGGAGGAUUCCAGCUUCUUGAGGCCUUCAACUACGCCAUCGGUGAAGUAAACGAUAAAACUGGACCGUUCCAGAAUGUUCUGAAGAACGUCAAACUUGGUGGAAUCGGUUUAGAUGCCUGCCAGAGCUCCAUACGAAUGGGCUAUUUGGUGUCUGAUGUCCACAACGGUAUAAUCAAGCUCACAAGGAAUGGGAUCACCGUCAACCCUGAUGAUAUUCGUUUGUAUGUUGGAGGCGGAUCCAGCGACAGUUCCGUCUAUCUGGCACGACUGUUGAAAUCCUUAAAGAUUCCCCAGAUAAGUUACAUGUCCAGUAGUGACUCGUUGUCUGAUCAAGACAGAUACCCUUAUUUCAUGAGGACAGUCCCAGCCGAUGACAAGCAGUCCCUAGCAAUGGUCGAAUUUCUGAAUAAAAACAAUAUCAGAUAUGUUCAAAUUGUUCAUUCCCCUAGUGACUACGGGAAAAUGGGAGCUAAAAAUUUCGAGUAUCUUGCUGGACAGAAUAAAAUAUGCGUUGCUCAGACCGUAGAGUUUCCCGAUAAUUCAUCUGUUACACAGGAAAGCGCUGAUAAAGUUGUCAGAUCUUUGCUUGAGAAACCUGUCGCCAAUACAGUUAUUGUUUACGCCGGUGUCAAAUACAUCAACGAAAUGCUUAAAGCAAUGACCAGAAAUGCUGGAGCAGAAGGCAAGUUCAAAUUCAUUGGCUCUGAAACAUGGGGAAAUAAUUACGGUGCAAUAUCAGGAGUGGAGAGACUAGCUAAGGGAUCCAUUACUUUAAAUCUUGAAUCAUCAGAUAUUAGAGACUUUGACACCCAUAUUGGAGAAAAAUCUCCAGGAAAUUAUCCCGAAAAUCCAUGGUUCCCUGAGUUUUACGAAGAAAUGGUAAACUGUUAUCUAACUGUCCCAACUAAUAGACACCAGACGCCAUGCCUCUCUCAAACAAUGAACAUUGCUGCUCAGCGUGACUACAUUCAAGACCCUGGCAUUCUCCAUGUCAUUAACGCAGUCUUUUCUGCCGCUUACGGCUUAGAUGACGUACUGAAAACUCUGUGUGGCGUGAACUAUACAACAGUCUGCGAACAGUUUAAAAAUAAUCGUAAUCGUCACAACCUUCUGGUUCAGAGCGUGUUGAAGUCUAGCUUUGUCGAUCCUUCUGGAGUUACCUUCAGCUUCAGGCCAGAUCGACGGGAUGGAAAUAAGGGUUAUGUUUUGUAUGACCUAAAAGAACGUAUGUCUAUGAAUGAGCUGGGAUACACUUAUGAAAAGAUUGGUAAAUUCUCCAGUCAAGAUGUCCUAUCCUUGGAUGCAGGCUACAGAGCGGGUUGGGAUGGCAGCUGUGAAAGACAAGGAUCCUGCUCUGAAUGCCCAACUGUUCGAAAUGCAUUACAGAGGUACAUGCUUCAGCCAGCAAAGGACCAGUCUACCGAUGGUGCCACCCUUCUGGCUGUCCUUCCAAUCCACAAGCAAGGAACAGACCCAUAUCUUUGCGGUCAGCUUGAUAUGGAUGUAUUUUACAAUGCCCUGGCGUUUAUAUAUACAUUGGAUACCUAUUUCCCGACUACCAAGUAUAAGCUUCGGGGUCUUGUCGUGGAUAGCUGCUCCAACAAUUUGCGAGUGGACCAAGAUCUUUAUAGUUUGUUUUCAAAAGGACGGCUUUGCAACACCGCCUUCUCCUUCGAUGGAACCGUAAACAACAAAACCCUUGCUGGUGUCAUUACUAGUACAACAAACCACGUUAUUGCAGCAAAUAGAGUUCUGUCUCCUCUCAAGGUACCCAUUCUAAGCAACAGCGCGACAUCUACCGUUCUCAGCGAUAAAGAUAGUUAUCCUUAUUUUGCAAGAACCGUUCCACCAGAUAACAUGCAAAUCGAUGUGAUUGUUAGACUUUUAAAAGAAAAGACCUGGGACUCGGCCUCUGUAAUAUACAGUGCUGAUACUUAUGGUAAAAACUUAUAUGAUUAUUUCUUGACCCGAGCAAAGGCAACUCAAACAUGUGCUGGUGCCCAAAUCGCGAUUCCAACUCUGGCAACUGUGGAACAAGCAAAGAAUGCAAUUAAUUACAUAGAGAGUAAUUCUAAAUCGAAAGUCAUCAUUCUAAUGGCCAGUGAUCCAAGAACUGUACUACAAGCGGCAAAAGAACUGAAUGUACUUAACAAGUAUGUAUGGAUUGGAACAGAUUCCUGGGGAACCAGUGCGAAAGUUGUCCAAGGGAUGGAAGACGAUCUUCUGGGUUCAAUCACUAUUGAAAUGCGUUCAACCACUGUACAAAAAUUCGGCAAAUACGUAAGCGAAUUAAAAUACAAUGCUCGCAAAGGAAUUCCAGACGACUGGUUCGAGGAGUUUUACCAGAUGUUCCAUCGCUGUAACAUAAAAACCGCCAAGGUCCAAUUUCCACAAUAUCCGGACUGUACAGAGCAAGAGGCGAUAGACUUUACUCAAAUAGUAUCCCAGCCAUUCGUUCUCAACACUAUUGCUGCUACGUAUGCUUAUGCGAGAGCCAUAGAAGCUGUGUCCACUGGGAUGUGCACUUCACAUGCUUCUUUUGGAUCAUGUUUCAGCGAUGAGACUGCUUGGAAUAGGCUGUUUGAAAAUAUUUUGAAUGUAGAUUGGAGCCUUUCAUCUAGUUUGGAACUCACUCAAACCUUUAUUUUGAGAUUUACAAAUGAUCGUUUUUGGGACAUUGGUUACAACAUCAACAGUUUCAUAGAUUCGUCAGGACUUCCCAAGUACACAAACAUUGGGAGCAUGCUGAACCAACAGUUUUUGUUCUCUGCAGACUAUAACACUUACAAAGGAAACGAUUGGUCGGCUUGUCGUAGUUCAGAGGUUUGCGAUUGCUCAGCUCCUGUCGUAAACGCUUUAACAGGCAACGAUACCAUGAGGCGCACAAAAGUAGCCGAACCGAGAAACUACCUCUUCUACAAUAUCAUGAAUACAACAAUUAACAACCAGUUUGUUCCCAUAUACGAUUUAACGUACAAAUGGCCGAUUUGGGCUAUUGCUGUGGCAGUUCCUACGUGCGUAGGAUUGUUCAUUACCAUUUUCCUAUUUUUGUACCUUUUGAUUUUCUAUGAAAUCAAAGGAGGCACAACUCUUCUUGGUUUCAUGAUGAUGCUUGGUAUUAUGGGUAUUUACGCCCUCAACUUUGCCUUCUUUCUUCCGGCUGCUACGGAUACUUGUGGCGCAAGGCAGUUCUGUUUGGGAGUAGUGUAUGCAAUCGUAUUUGCUGCCCUUCUCGUGAAAGCUGUGGAUAACUGGCGAAUCGUUGAGAGCGUAGAAUAUGACAACAAACAAUUGAUAAACGAAAAGUACAAAGGGCUCACGAACAAAAUAGUUUUACUUCUUAUGGCAAUAGGAAUAGUUUGUGUCCAGCUCAUCAUUCCUAUCCAAUGGCUGGUCCAUCGUCCACCCUCCGCUAGUUUGAUGUCCGAAGCCACAGAGAUCCACGAUUGGAUGAUGUGUGAUCCGCAUGACGUGUACGACGAGGCGUUAGUGAUGUCCAUGAUUUUUGUCAUGUUCUUGGUCCUGCUGACCGGAAUAUUCUCUGCCAUGUCAUGGGACAAUGGAAACAACAACCACGAAUCUCGCUGGAUCCUGGUGUGCAGUGUGUGUACUGCUGGCUGUUUCCUGGUGUGGAUGAUUGUCAUAACGAACGCAUCACCACCCUACCGUGAUGGCGCGGUGGCGCUUGGGAACCUUUUCAAUGCCACUGCUAUUCUUAUAUUUACGAUCAUACGGAAAGUGGUGAUCAUGUUAUGGCCACAAGAUCCGGAUGAUAUGGAAGGAGAAAAACCUGCAUCAGUUAUCGAUGAUAGAGGCAACGAGCUGUAUUCCACGGUGUUUUCAAAUCCUGGCUACGACAACGAUGAUGCAGUCUUCCAGCCAUCUUCUCCGAGACAAAGUGAACUCGAUAACGGGGAUGUUGGAUUCUGAUGAUUUAGUGCUUAUAAAUUCAAAGUGCUACCAUGGUAUGUGGGGCCAAGAUGAAUUUCAAUGUCUCACUUGCGCCAUCUACAAAGGGAAGACAAUUGCCGAUUUUCUUAAAACAUGAGAACUCUUGUGACGUUGUCUUCAUCGUUUUGAUAAGCUUGUUAGGAACAUAUAGAUAGAGACUUUGUUUUGAUGUGUUUGGAAUUUUUUGAAUGGGUAAUGCGUUCAAUAUCUGCUAUAAACUUGUACCUUGCCAUGUUAUUACAGUAUGAUGUAGCUUGACUACAGAAAGCAGGAAAUCUCAAUAUUGACUAGAAAAAUGUUUCAUUAAUUAUAAUUAGAUAAUAAAUGCCAUUUUUGUAUGUGAGAUUUAGAAUGUGUGUGUACUUGUGGGUGUAUAAGAGUGCUGAAACCGGCCCGUGUGAAUCUUCAUUCUAUAGAUCACAUUUUGAAGGGAUGUUGCGAAAAUGUGGACAGCAGGAUUCAAACUUUGUUAAUAUAUAAUUUUGUACCAUUACAUUAUUGUGAUAUAUAUUUUUUACACAAUAAAUAUAUUUUGUAUUCUUUUC